GAGUCUGGCAAUGUGUGCAUUUGUUCUAACAUGGCGCAAGCCGUUUUUUAUCCCAUUUCUGAGACGGGGAACUGUAACUGAGGGCAUUUUUGUGAACGGCCGGGGGAAAUAGAGGGAUCUGCGAGCCGGGUGAGAGAGAGACACACACAUACACUCAACACAAUCAGAUUCGAAGGAAGUGGUUCCCCGGAAUUCUCCAUGAAUGUAUGUCACGAUGAUGAUGACAGAUCAGAUCCCUUUGGAGCUCCCUCCUCUGCUGAAUGGAGACGUCACCAUGAUCCCACACCUAGUCAAUGGCGAUGGACCGCAGCAGGUUAUCCUGGUUCAGGUUAACCCUGGAGAAACUUUCACCAUUAGAGCAGAAGACGGUUCCCUACAGUGCAUCCAAGGUCCAGCUGAGGUGCCCAUGAUGUCCCCCAAUGGAUCCAUUCCCCCCAUUCACGUCCCGCCAGGUUACAUCUCACAGGUGAUUGAAGACAGCACAGGCGUUCGCAGGGUGGUGGUGACUCCACAGUCCCCGGAGUGCUUCCCGCCCAGUUACCCCUCAGCGAUGUCUCCGAGCCCCCACCUGCCCCCCUACAUCACGCAUCACCCUCAACUCAUUCCUCACACUCACCCAGCGUACUACCCACCGGUCACCGGUCCGGGAGACAUUCCCCCGCCAUUCUACCAGCAUCACCUGCCACCUACUAUAUAUGGGGAGCAAGAGUUUAUCCCUCUGUACGGGAUGUCCAGCUACACGACCAGGGAGGACCAGUACAGCAAACACGACCGGCUCCACAAGAAGCUGAAGACCGACCGUCAGAACCGACUCAACAGCCCGCCCACGGCCAUCUACAAGAGCCACGUCAGCUCCUGCACGGCGAUCUACAACGGCUACGGAAAGGGGCCGUGCGUGGUGGGCGUGGGAGGGGGAGGGGGUGGAGGAACCAGCCUGAAGAAGACAGAGCGGCGAGCGAGGAGCAGCCCCAAAACCAACGAGCAGGAGAUCCAAGAUUACGACUCGGAAACAAAGAGAGUUCAAGACAUGCUUUCGGGGAUGGGCAAACCACAGGUGUCCAAUGUACAAGCUCGGGCAGCACUACUGACGUGGGCACCUCCUGUGGGUCUGGUCAACGGGGACAAGCACACCAAUGGGCUCCCUUCCACCUGCAACUACGAGGUGGCCUCAUCAGACAAGGGGAAGGACGGCAAAUACAAGAUCAUUUACAGUGGUGAAGAUUUAGAAUGCAGCCUCACCGACCUGCGCCCAACAACAGAUUACCACAUCAGAGUUUCCACCAUCUACAAUUCGGUCAAAGGGUCGUAUUCAGAACCUGUCAGCUUCACCACGCAGAGCUGUGCUCCCGACACCCCCUUCCCACCCAAAGUUUCACAACGGACCAAAAGCACACUGACCAUCCAGUGGAAGGCACCUCUUGACAACGGAUCAAAGAUAACCAGCUACCUUCUGGAGUGGGAUGAGGGGAAAAGGAACAAUGGAUUUCGAGAAUGUUACCUGGGAAGUCAGCGGCAGUGUAAACUUAGCAAGCUCCUACCGGCCAUUGGCUAUACCUUCCGAGUGGCCGCGUGCAACGACAUUGGCACCAGUGGAUUCAGCCAGGAGGUGGUGUGCUACACGGCAGGGAACGUGCCUCAGACGCCGGCUUCCCCUCGCCUGGUGCGGGCGGGGGUCACCUGGGUGUCCCUGGAGUGGAGCCGGCCAGACGCCACGCUGCCCGAGGAACUCAUCACCUACGUGCUGGAGAUGGAGGACAGCAGCUCGGUGUCGGGCUUCCAAACAAAAUACACAGGGGAAGAGCUGACCUGCACGGUAAAGUCACUGACCAGGAACACACAAUACAAGUUCAGGCUGAUAGCUUCAAACUCGGAAGGCAAGAGCAACCCCAGCGAGGUCCUGGUCUGCAUCACCAACCCAGACCAGCCAGGACCCCCCUCCACGCCCUACCUCAUCAACCCCGCCACCUCGCACAGCCUCCACCUCAAGUGGGACUCACCACAAGACAAUGGGGGAUCAGAAAUUCUCAAGUACCUGCUGGAGUAUUCGGAGGGAAGUUCGGAGGGAAGCCAGUGGGAGGUGGUGUACAGCGGAUCGUCCAACGAGUACGUCUGCGAGGAACUGAAGCCCGGCACCUUAUAUCGGCUCAGAGCCUGUUGUAUCAGCACUGGAGGUCACAGCCAGUGUUCUGACAGUCUGUCUGCCCGCACCCUGAGCAUGGCACCUGGAUUCUGCCAGCCUCCCAGGCUCGUGGGGAAAGCCAAACACAAGGAGCUUCAGAUCGAGUGGGGCCCCCCACCAGACGAGGACUCCCUGGUGACGGAGUACAGCGUGGAGAUGAGUGUGGGGGAGCAGGAAGCGGCCGAGGUUUACCGCGGUCGGGCGCUGCACUGUACCGUCAGCGGUCUUCUGCCCGGCACCACCUACACCUUCAGGGUGCGGGGCGCCAGCGAUUCAGGGUACGGACCAUUGUCAGACAUGACGGAGAUCACCACGGCAGAGGGCCCACCAGUACAGUGUAAAGCGCCAGUCCUUUCUUGCACAUCGGUCACCAGUGUACUCGUGAGCUGGGAGAGCCCGGAGAACUCUGGAGCUGACAUCUCAGAGUACAGGCUGGAAUGGGGAGCGGCAGAGGACUCGAUGGAGGUCGUUUACUCUGGGACGGAGACGGUUUUCGAGAUUGACAACCUCACACCAGCUGCUCGAUACUGCUGCCGGCUGCAGGCCACUAACCAGGCUGGCUCAGGAGCCCACAGCAGCCUGGUCACCUACACCACGCCCGCCUCGGUCCCUGGCGCCGUGUCCAACGUCUGUGUCCUGGAUGACCAGCACUUGGACCCCAGCCUGACCUCCACCUGCCUCGCGCUCAAGUGGGACGAGCCACCCAGCAAUGGCUCGGAGAUCCUCUCAUACAACAUCGAGCUCGGGGAGAGCCUGCUGACUGUGGACAACAUCACAGCCUACGUUAUACGCCACCUCCUGCCAGACACUUCCUAUAGGAUUAGGGUUCAGGCGGUGAACAGGAUGGGCACAGGUCCCUUCAGCGAGCCGGUGAGAGCCAGGACGCAGCCUCUGCCGCCAGUGCCACCCCGCCUAGAGUGCACCGCCUCGGGGCCCCAGAGCCUCAAGCUGAGAUGGGGGGAGAGCAGCAGCGCCAAGGCCAUGCUGAGCGUGGACGUGGACACCAUCUACACCCUCCAGAUGGCCGAACCAAGUGGGAAGUUCAUGCCAAUCUACAGAGGACCGAGCCACACCUACAAGGUACAGAGAUUGACAGAGUCCACCUGCUACCGAUUCCGAAUCCAGGCACUCAGUGAAGCCGGCGAGGGUCCCUUCUCAGACGCCUACCUCUUCAGCACCACCAAAUCACUGCCCCCUGCUGUCAAAGCUCCGCGUGUCACUCAGCUGGAAGGAAGCACGUGUGAGGUCUCGUGGGAAGGAGUCCAGCCGAUGAGAGGCGACCCCAUUGGUUACAUCCUCCAGGUCACGGUCGGAAGGGAGCUGGACUACAAGCAGGUGUACAAGGGUGAGGACACGACCUUCCAGAUCUCAGGCCUCCAGACGAACACAGACUAUCGGUUCCGCGUCUGCUGCUGCCGCCAGUGCCGAGACCUGUCGCAGGAGCUGACCGGACCCUUCAGCCCUUCGGCCAUCUUCACCCUACGGCGCAAGGAGCCCUCCCUGGCCGGCGAGCUGCGAACUGUCGACGCCACCCAGGCCCGCGGUAUGAUGGCCAGCGACGAGCAGUUUGCUGCCCUUAUCCUUGCUGGGUUUGCUAGCCUCUCCAUUUUCAUCGCCUUUAUCCUACAGUACUUCAUUGUGAAGUGAGGAAGCAGGAAGCAAAAGGAAAGGUCACACUCAUAAUUGUUGAGGCAUAAAUUUAGCUGCAUACUAGUGCCAGAAAAACACAUCGAAUUAUUCCGUUGUUGACCUGCUAUUAAUCAUUCUUUUAUUUUUUAAUUUUGAUAUUGAUUUUCCUUUUUUUCUGAAAAACUCCCUCUGUCAGUCACGCCCAGUCAAGUCACCAAAGCUCCUCUCUCGACAGUUCUCCGGGUUGGGGUGAGGAAAAGGCAAACCUCACGGGAUCCUCGAGGCACCUCCUCUGGCAUAGACGCGGUGGUUGUGCCCUCUGUUAUCGUCAGCCAGUUGCCUUCCUCUGAAGUGAGGGGUGUUGGUUCCGGUGGUUCUGAGCAGCAUGGGACCAGCCAACUUUCCGGCCUCUACUCCCGUGUGCUGUUUGGGAAUUUUAUAUACAUAUACAUAUAUAUAUAUAUAUAUAAAUAUAUAUUUUUAACUAAGAUUUUCACACUGGGAGGAGGUCUGGUCAGGAGAGGGCAGGCCUUAAAUGGGCGCCACACUAGCAGAGUGGUUAGCGUGAUGCUAUUACAGUCGGGGCAUCGAAGUUCAGAGUUCAAUCCCAGCGUCCUCUUGUAAGGAGCUGGUACACAGACCCUGUGGAAUGUGGGGAUUUUCUCCGGGUGCUCCAGCUUCCUCCCACAGUCCAGAGAUGUAGGCGAAUUGGUCACUUGUAAAUUGUUCUGUGAUUAGGCUAGGGUUAAAUCAAUGGGUUGCUAUGGCGAUGCAGCUCAAAGGCCAGAAAGGCCUGUUCCAUGCUGUAUCUCUAAAUGAAUCCUUCCACACUAGAUGGAAGGUGUGGAAGGGGCUGGGGGAGCCCUUGGAGAGUGAGGGGGGGUGCAGUGGUCAGUGGUCAGAAGGAGGGGUUAUGCCCACCUUCUCUCCCCUGGGUUCUGCUCAGCACGGUGGCUGGGAUGAGGGGGGAGUCUUUUUACUUUAAUCACACCAGGCCAGACUUCCCAUCCGCCGUGGGAAGUGACAAGCGAGAUGGUGUUGGGGGAGAGGAGCUGGCAGAGUUGUUGAGUGUGCCCUCCCUGCCAGCUAAUCCUCUUCCCCAACUAACCUGGUGUCCCCAAGGCCAACAGGCUUCUCGAUCCUCUCAGGGGCGGGAGGGGUGUGGGACAGUUCAGCCAUUAAGGAUGAGGAUGUCCUGGGGUGCCGCAGUCGCAGUGUGCCUUUUGUGAGGUGGUCCUGCCCCACGCUGGUUCCUUCUCCUCCUCUUCCUCUGCUCUCAGCGAUCACCACCCCCACCCCGACCCUGCUGCCUUGGAAAUCCAGCCACCCACUGCCAUUAAACGGGGAGGGGGAGUGAUCACGCCCCUCCUACUGCCAAUCAGAUAAGCUCCCCUUAUCCCCCACCCUAGACUCUUGGAUUGCCUCGUCAUCUCAGCCCUCACCCUGCAUAUUAUCCCCGUGUCGUGGUCAUCGGGGACCCCUGACCUUGUCCUGGACGGCACUGGGCUGGCUAGAAGAGGUACGAGGUACCCCGGUUAACCUCAGGCAGGGGUAAAGUGAGGCAGUGGUGUGCAGGGUUACAGUGAAAAGGGUCUGUGCUUGGUGUACAUCACUGGAUCCCGUUACCCAGGCCCACCACCACCACCUGAUGGGGCAAAUCGUAUCUCCCUGGGUUACACCCUCACAGUUACCCAUCACCUCCCCGAGAUAGACCCUCACAGUUGCUGCCCAGUCAACAGCAACUGAGUCGGGAUGUGAUGGAUGGAAAGGGAAAAGGUUGUGCAUUGGGGGCUUUGCAGCAGAAACGUCAGCCCGGGCGAACGCUGAGAGAAGACCUUCCAUUAUGGGCGAUUUUUAUAUUGCUUCAGGGGUGAAAACAAAAAUAAUCAGAGGAGAGAGCUGCAAAUUUCUACUCCACACCCUGUCAUCUCCUCUCCCCCCUGGCCAAACUCGAGACUGGGGAAAGGAUUCCAGCAUUUAGUACAUUUCUUAUUUAUACUUUUACUUGCAUUCAGUACUUUAAAUGAAAAAGCCAAUUACAGUGCAAUCCUUUUAUUUAUUGUUAAGUAUGCUUAUUAUGUUUCCUCUGGGUCACUCUGCUGUUUAUUUUAUUGUGUGUCUGUCCGGGAAUUGUUCCUAUUUUAGAAGCUCCUCGCGAAGGUGUCUAGGUUUUAGUUACGUUACGCUUCGUUACGUUAUAUCUCAGAUGCAGAGAGAUUUUAUUUUCUGUCUCAUGUCAGUGCACACAUGCGUACUGUUGGAUUCUGGUGUUUAAAUCCAAGGUUCUUUUAGAAGUCGGGAACUGAGGCACAAAACUUGUUGCUUCACGAUCGUUUUAUUAAGACUUGGUAGAACAGUCAGAAGUUGAAACAAACGGGGACAGGGCUACCUACUAACUGAAGGAGGGAGACACUAAAGAUGGUGCCUAGCAGAGAUUAUACCCAAAGGUAAGAAAAAUUCUAAUCAAAUCAGUAGAUAAGAGACAACUAACUAGAAAAUACUUUUUUCACAGUAAAAAAUAACCAUUCGCUUAAUGAAGUACAGAGAAACUUUCAGAAUUACACUUUGUAUAGCCGCUGGGCAGAGGUUCCCAACCUUUUUUAUGCUAUGGAGUCUAUGGACCCAAGGGUCUGUGGACCCCAGCUUGGGAACCUCUGCAUGAGAGGCAUGCCAUCUUAUUGUGCUUAUAAAGCUACUUGAAAUACAAGCAGGUAAUUAAUUGUUAAACUAGAAAGAAAAUGAUGAUUAAAAUUAGCAGUCAGAUCCAACAGUACACACGUGUAUGUUUUUGUGUGUGUAUGUGUCUGUGUGUGUGUGUAUCAUGUGUGUGCAAAGAUUACCAAAAGCAUUACUCAUGAAUGAAAUGUUUACACAUAGCCAGGCUAGUAUCCAUGCUUUUAUUUUUAGCAUGUGUGUUUGGGGGAAUUGGGGGAUGUCGUGCUGCGAAGAACAUCGAUGUGACGCGUCCGGAAGGCACCACCAUGGUGACACAAACCCUGGAUUUCACAGCUGACCCUGUGCCUCUCAUCCUAUUGAGAUUUCCCUCCCAUUCCCCAUUCCGCCAAAUAGUCAUAGGUGGUUCUGUCUUUAUCAGUUGAUGUAGCACAAUAUUAGACGUGAUUUAUAGUUAAUUUCUUGCUGUUUAUUUACAGAUUCUGAGCUUGGUAAAAACAGUCAGAACAGAUAGUUACAUUUCAGCAUUUUUUUUUGAUAAUCCUCUAUUACCAAAGCAUUGGGCCGGUCUACUUUAACCUCUUUUUUUAAUUUAAAUUGUUAUUUGUGUUUUGUGAAACUUGCUUUUAAUAGUGUUCGAUGUCUCUCAUAUACACAGCAUCCGUAGUCUUCAAAGGAACAUAACGUGUUGCUUCCAUAGAGAAAGAAAUGGACUCUUUUAGAAAUUAGUUCAUUCUACGUUCCAUUCAAGCUUGCUUCCUCCCAAUGCCACAAGCGCUCAACACUACAAUUCCACCUCUUUUUCCAUUCCUUUUCAAUCUGAAAUGAUUUGAUUCUUGAGAUUAUGCUGUGGGAUUCUGGUACGCAAGGUGUUAACGCACAUAUCUGAAAUUCCAGUCCUCUUCGCAUCGAUAAGCAAUCUGAUAAAGUGCCGAGUCGGGUGAAUUUUUUUUUGUUAUUUUAAUAAUAAAUUAUUCUCGGGGUGGGUGCUGUGACUCUCACUUGUUCACUGCCUAGCAUUAAAUCCUUCACUCCUGGCAUCACACAUUUUUUAUUCAGACGUACACUCCACUCACUUCACUCACCGCACCCCCACCCCGUCUCUUCAAUCUCUCUCCCCUCUUCCUUUUCUCUCUCCCACUCUCCCUCUCUCCCUCUCCCUUCCCUAGCCCCUCUCCUCUCUUUCCCCCCACCCUCCUCUCUCCACCUCUCCCUCCUCUCUCCCUCUCCUUUCUGUUCUCUCUCCCCCUUCUUCCCCCUCUCUGCCUUCUCUCUCCUGCUCCCCUGUUUAUCUACACCACUCUCUUCUCCCUUCCCUCCCCCUCUAUUCUCUCCUCCUCCUCCCCUUCUCCCUCUCUCCAUCUCCCUUCUCUCUCUCCAUCUCCCUUCUCUCUCUCCCCUCUCCAUUUCUCUCUCCUCCCCUCCCAAUUUGCUUCACUGAGUAGUGCUUUGACUUUGAGAUUUCAUCUCCUCCUCCUGCAGCGAUACAACUUCUCAAAGAAUAAUCUGAAUUGUGACAAUUUACGCGCCUCUCUUUUACCUCAAGUGUUGAAUAUACAUUCCAAGCUUUUCAUUAAAAUGGUAAAUAGAAAUAAAUUCAUAAGCAUGUGUAUUGUAAAUUUUAGAUUAUUUCAUAAACAUUAUAUAAAACUGUCCUAUCAAUUUUAAUGUAUAGAUUUUGCAAAUACUACCCUAUGUAUGUAAGACUAAACCUUAUCUGUAGCGUAUAUAUGUAAUAUAUUUAUGCCCAAAUAAAUGUUUUAAUUCUUUCUGG